UACUCAGAGAGCGCCAUGAACACUUCACUGCUCUCUCUCUCCUUCCUCCUCAUCAUCUUCUUGGGCACUGUCUCCGCCAGGAGCAGGGGACAGUCUGAACAUGGCUUUAGCCAAGAAGACCAGGCACAGUGCCAACUUCAGAGGCUCAAUGCCCAAGAACCCACAUUUAGAAUCCAGGCCGAGGCCGGCGAGUCCCAGAUCUGGGACUGGAAGGAUGAUCAGUUCCGCUGCGCCGGAGUUGUCGCCGCCAGGCAUACUAUUAACCCACGUGGACUCUUCCUGCCUUCCUACUCCAACGCCCCUCUCCUCAUGUACAUUGUAAAAGGUAACGGUAUGUCUGGAGUUUUGAUGCCUGGAUGCCCAGAGACAUUCCAAUCAUCUCAGGAAUCCCAGCAGCAGGAUGAUGAGAAAUCCACUAGGUUCCACGACCAGCACCAAAAGAUCCGACGAUUCCGACAAGGAGACGUCAUUGCCAUCGGCGCCGGCUGGACCCACUGGUGCUACAACGACGGUAACGAGGAUGUGGUAGCCAUAGUCGUUGAGGAUACCGGCAAUAACCUAAAUCAGCUCGACCAAAACCCACGCAAAUUCUUCCUCGCUGGAAACCCACAACAAGGAUUCGGAGGGGCAGAACAACAGGGGAGAGAAAAAUACUACCAGGCCCACCAGAAAGGCGAGAAGCAGAACGCCGGCAACGUCUUCCAUGGAAUCGAGGAGGAACUUCUGGUUCAGAUUUUCGGAAUAGACAGAGAGACAGCCAGGAAGCUUCGCGGAGAAGACGAUAAGAGAGGUCACAUUGUCCGCGUGGAACAGGGCUUUCAAGUCAUCAGCCCACCAUCGAGGAGGGAGGAGCAAGAAAGAAGAUUCGACAACAACGGCUUGGAAGAAACCGUUUGCUCUACCAAGUUAAUCGAGAACAUCAACGACCCUUCCCGCGCCGAUAUCUUCAACCCACAGGCCGGCAGGUUCAAUACCCUAACCAGCUACGACCUACCCAUUCUCAAAUCCUUGAAAUUAAGCGCAGAGAGAGGGGUUCUUUACAGGAACGCACUGGUGAGUCCUCACUAUAAGCUAAACGCACACAGCAUUCUAUACUGUACGAGAGGAGACGCUAAGAUUCAGAUAACUGACCAGAGCGGCAGCUGCGUGUUCGAUGAGGUGGUCCGUGAAGGACAGAUGGUGGUGGUCCCGCAGAACUUCGUGAUGGUUAAAGAAGCCGGUGAACAGGGAUUCGAAUGGGUUGCCUUCAGGACCAAUGACGUCGCCAUGCAAGGAACCCUAGCAGGACGGACGUCGGCCCUUCGCGGCCUUCCCGCCGACGUGAUUGCGGCUUCUUACCGAGUUUCAAGGGAACAAGCCAUGAGGUUGAAGACCAACCGGGAGGAGACUUUGAUGUUUGAGUCCAGAUACCUCGACGAGAAUAGAGUGCCAUUGAUGGAUGUCAAUGACACAGGUGUGAAGUACCUCGACGAGAAUAGAGUGCCAUUGAUGGAUGUCAAUGACACAAGUGUGAAGUUUGAUCAUGAGAAUACAUUUGGUUAUUUCAACUGCGGUGAAGACGAUGGUAUCGAUGAAGACGGAGUUUCCAAAUCGAGGACACUGAGGAGGGAGUCUGAUAAUGAUGGCGCCUAUAAGAGAGAAUCGAUGGCUAAGGAUUAUGGUGGUGAAGGAAGUAGAAAAUCAGACAAAAGAGAUAGGCAUGGCAACAACAAGGUAAGGGAACAAGCCCGAGAUCAAGCAAAUGCAACUACUGAUUCUGAGAUAUUGUUUACUGUCUACUAUAGGUUUCUUGAUUUUUUUAUUGGUAAUUGA